UCUUCUUCUUCCUCCCCCAAACAAAUAACAUAGCUCGAAGAGUAACAGCUCCAGUGCGCGAGCGACAGAGAGCAAUGGCGGUGAACAUUACAUCGAUAAAGACCGCAUCAAACGGAAUAUGGCAGCACGACAACCCGCUCAACUUCGCCUUCCCUCUCCUAAUAAUUCAAACAACACUCAUCCUUCUUCUCAGCCGCGUCCUCUCCUUCCUCCUCAAACCCCUUCGCCAACCAAAAGUUAUCGCCGAAAUCAUCGGCGGAAUAUUAUUGGGUCCUUCCGCCCUCGGCCGUAACUCAGCUUACAUGAACCGCCUCUUCCCACCAUGGUCCACUCCCAUCAUGGAAACAGUCGCCAGCGUCGGCCUCCUCUUCUUCCUCUUCCUCGUCGGCCUGGAACUCGACAUUCGCUCCAUACGCCGAACUGGCCGCCGCGCAUUCUCCAUUGCGGCGGCGGGAAUCUCCCUACCCUUCGCCGGCGGCGUCGGUGUAGCUUUCGUCCUCCGCAACAAAGUUCCCGGCGCCGAUCAAGCCGGUUACCUUCCGUUUCUCGUCUUCAUGGGCGUGGCGCUCUCCAUCACCGCCUUCCCAGUCCUCGCUCGCAUCCUCGCCGAACUAAACCUCCUCACCACCCCACUGGGCGAAACCGCGCUCUCCGCCGCAGCGUUCAAUGACGUGGCAGCGUGGGUCCUACUCGCCCUCGCCGUCGCGCUUUCCGGCGCCGGUCAGCACACAAGCCCGUUGGCUUCGGUUUGGGUUCUGCUCUCCGGGCUCGGCUUCAUCGCCGUUCAGAUAUGGCCCGUUAGACCGGUGAUGACGUGGGUGGCGCGGCGGGCGGAAGAGGAAGGUGUGGAGAGCGAGGCUUGGAUAUGUCUUACGCUGGCCGGAGUCUUAGUCUCCGGCUUCGCCACCGAUUUUAUCGGCAUACAUUCUAUAUUUGGCGCGUUUGUGUUUGGACUAAUGGUUCCAAAAGAAGGGGAGUUUUGCGGGAGGUUGAUGGAGAGAAUUGAGGAUUUUGUGUCGGGGUUGCUGCUGCCGCUUUACUUCGCGUCGAGCGGGCUGAAGACGAACGUGGCGGCCAUAAAGGGAGCGGAGGCGUGGGGAUUGCUGGCCCUGGUGGUUGGGACGUCUUCUGUGGGGAAGAUAGUGGGGACCUCUGUGGUGGCGGUGGCGUGCCGGAUGCCGGUGAGGGAGGCGAUUACGCUAGGAGUCUUGAUGAAUACUAAAGGUCUCGUGGAGCUCAUUGUUCUCAAUAUUGGCAAAGAAAGGAAGGUACUGAACGACGAGAUAUUCGCCAUCAUGGUUCUGAUGGCCCUGCUAACAACAUUCAUCACUACCCCAACAGUCUUGGCGCUCUACAAGCCCGCCCGCUCGACCAAUCUCCCGAACCAGCGGAAACUUCAGCGCUCUGCCGCUUCCUCUCCUUCCUCCGUCGUCGACGACUCACAGGAACUCCGCAUCCUUACGUGCGUUCACGGCCCCCGUGACGUCCCCGGCCUCAUCAACCUCAUCGAAACUAUCCGCUUCGCCACCCCUAAAUCCCGUCUCAAGCUCUAUAUACUCCACCUCGUCGAGCUUACAGAACGCUCCUCUUCCCUAACCAUGGCCCGCCGUGCCCGCCGCAACCGCCUCCCUUUCCGUAACCCGCUCCGUCGCGACUCCCCACGCGACCAAGUCGCGGUCGCAUUCGAAGCCUACGCUCAAAUGGGCCGCCUUCGGGUCAGGCCCAUGACUGCCGUCUCUGCCAUGCUCACCAUGCACGAAGACGUCUGCGCCGUCGCCGACGAAAAAUGCGUUUCGCUCCUCAUUUUACCGUUCCACAAACGCUGGCUUGGCGGCGAGGUGGAGAACUUGGGGCAUGCUUGGCGGGCUGUGAAUCAACGUGUUCUGAGAAAUGCACCGUGCUCUGUUGCUGUGUUGGUGGACAGGGGGCUCGGGCGGGCUGGGUCGGCCCGAGAAAUCUGCGUCGUGUUUUUGGGUGGGCCGGACGACCGCGAGGCGCUCGAGCUCGCCGGGAGAAUGGCGGAGCAUCCCGGCGUCGGCGUCACCGCCGUAAGUUUCGUUUCUGAGGGGCCUAACAUCACUCUCCGGCCGUCGGAAAAGAAAAGCUCGGAGGAGAGGUACACCUUCUCGACGGCCGUGAUGGACCGGGAGAGGGAGAAGGAGUUGGAUGAAGCGGCGGUGGCGGCUUUUCGACGGCGGACGGAUGGUGCGGUGAAGUUCGAGGAAAGGGAGACGGGAGCGGCGGGUGUGCUUGAGACGGUGCUGGGUAUUGGGCGGAGUGGUCGGUACCAGGUGGUGGUGGUGGGGAAGGGGAGGUUUCCAUCAGUGACGGUAGCGGAGCUCGCAGGAAGGGUGGCGGAGCACCCGGAGCUUGGGCCUGUGGGGGACGCGCUGACUUCUUCGGCAAGCGGGGUGGUGUCGUCGGUGCUGGUGAUUCAACAGCACGACGUUGUUCAUUCCGAGGAGACGCCAGUCUCCAUGGUUCUGAACGGCGAGGCGAAGGUCAUUGAUGUGAAGGAGGAAGUUUCUGGGUGAGAUUUUAAACGUUGGAUUUCUCUAGGUUUUCUUUCUGACCAAUUAUAUGGUGUCGACAUAAAUAAAUUGAGGUUAUUUUAGUGUGUGUAAGUAAAUAUGGUGUCGACAUAAAUAAAUCAAUAGAAGAUCCCAUAUUCUCAUAGGAAGAGCUGUUAAUGUUAUUUUAGUGUGUGUAAUUGUAGUUUUGUAUAUUUUCAUAGUAUAUCUUAAUUAUACUUGCUGAUGAAGACUUAUAUAUUUCAAUCC